UUUAAAACUAUCUACAGCUUGAACAAGCACAGUGAUAACAUAGUGAUGUUUUUAUUUUGAUUCUGAAAUUAAAUUAAAAAUAAAUUUAAUUUUCCAAGGAGUAAACUGUCAUAAGGGUUUCCUUCGUGUUCAGUAACUGGCAGUCUCAUGGGCGGGCAUGUCGACGUGAAAUAAUCAGCAUUACUUAAUAUUCUGUCGAUAUUUCCAAGGAUCUGUGACGGUUCAUGAUCAUUUAUUUAUCAAAAGGAAACCGACCAAUCAAAAUCCACGCUCGUCAAAUUGAUUUCAUUCAUAUUCCCAGCGCGGCAGAGUGUCUGACGAAUUCUACUAUUUGCUAGUUUUAUUGUCACCCGGACUUUAAAAAACAUGUGAAAAGUUUGGAAUUAUUUUUAUAUUCUACCUAAGGAUAUACAAAUUUUACACGUACACGCUAAUUAUCGGGCGGCCACUUUGAUCUCCCGGCAACGUGAUCGCAAUCAAAAAGACACCUCCAUAGAUAAUUUGAUUCCAUGUCUUUUUAAUUUAUGGCGUAGGAAAUUUUACUUUUGAGGUAAAAUGUGAAAAGAAAAUCGGAAAUAAUGUCUUAGGCGCAAUAAAUAAUAUCACCGACAAGACUUUGUAUUUUGAACCAUUGGCUAGCUGGACUGACUUUUAAUUAUUUUAGUUUCAACGCCUAUAGACAAGAGUGUGUUUUGUUGCAAUGUGUGAUAAUAGAUAAAAAGUGUUAGGUCUGUAAUCAUCUGGAAAUCUUGGACUUUUGUUUGCGCUUUGACGUUCAGCAUAAGGAGAUGAAGAAUCCCGAAGUGUCCUGUAUAUUGAUCUACCUCUUCUCUGGAUUUUACCUUGUUCAGGCCUCAUGGUGGUACCUAGGUAUUAUUGGAUCGGUUCGACCAACCAUGAGAGAACUGCUGACGUCAGAUACGGAAGUGACGGAUUGUGCUAAUAUGAACUUCCUGUCGGAAGAACAGCGGAAGUUGUGUGGACAGGAACGCCGUCUUCCGAGGGUUAUUAGUGAGGGAGCUUCAUUAGGAAUCAGUGAAUGUAAACAUCAGUUUGGAAAUCGCCGGUGGAACUGUUCAACAUAUAACUCUACAGACGUUUUUGGGGGAAUUCUUAAAAAGAAAAUUCGAGAAAAAGCCUAUAUUUACGCUAUCUCCUCAGCGGGAAUAAUGUACAGUAUCACACGAUCCUGUGCGAAAGGAGAGCUAGACAACUGUGGUUGUGACAUGAAAGUCAGACGGAAAGAUACACAAGGACAAUUUGAAUGGGGUGGAUGCUCCGAAAACACUAAAUAUGGCGCCAAGUUUUCCCGGAAAUUCGUGGACACAAAGGAAUCCUCCAAAACGUCAACUUCCUUAAUGAACUUGUGGAAUAAUGAAGCAGGAAGGAAGGCAGUAAAGAUGAAGAUGGACCUCGUUUGUAAAUGUCACGGAGUAUCUGGAUCAUGUUCAAUUAGAAUCUGUUGGCAGAAAAUGAAGGAAUUCCGAUCUAUUGGAGCAUUUUUGAAGGAAAAAUUUGACGGUGCGAGCUUGGUGAAAUAUAACAAAGCAAAAAAUAAAUUAAAAAGAAUUAGUAAAAAUAUGAAAAAACCAACGAAAAAAGACCUUGUGUAUUUAGAGGAAUCUCCCGAUUUCUGUGAUUUUCAUCCUAAAUCUGGGUCACUAGGAACCAAAGGGAGACAAUGCAUAAAAGACGGUUACGGAUUGGAUGGGUGUAAUUUAAUGUGUUGUGGGCGUGGUUACUAUACAACUGUCGAGGACAUUCGGGAGGAUUGUGACUGUAAAUUUGUGUGGUGUUGUCGUGUAGACUGUAAAACGUGCACACAUAAAGUCGAAAAGCAUUUCUGCAACUGAGGAAAAUGGACAGGAAUUCCAAAAAACUCCUAGUAUUUUGAUGAUUUUGAAAUAAACUUACCGGUUCCUUCAGCAGAUUCUCAUGGAGACAGGGCCAAGGAAGAGGACAGGGGAGGUAAUCUGAGACAGUGCGCUUCCAGACUCACAGAAAACAUUAAACAUUUCUACUACAGCUGUAUAUUUACACUGCGGCAGAUGGACAUUCUUGAGAAUGUGUGUUUCUUUUCCAGAAUUCGGAGGAUAACCGUAUUGAAUUCUCAGUAUAGAGCCUUUUCACUGAAACUUACAAACAAUAAAAGAAGUGAAUAAAUGCUUUUGCAGAGUUCAAAAUACCAAUCUUCGAAAAACUCGCUUGCUUUGAGUGACAUAAAAAGAACAUGUGAGUAGUUGAUCAGGUUCUGUGUUUUUAACAGACUAAGCAGACGGCUUAGAAAACUUUGACGCGUAUUGGAGUGUCUCGCUUAACACAGGUGACGUCAUUAAACAGAAUUUUGACCACGGGUACUAACUAUAUUUAUUAUUAUAUCUUUUAUAUGCUAUUCUAUUUCCUGUGGUGUGCAUUUGUUUUGUUAUAUUUUUGUGGUUUUAUUACAUAACAUUUAUCUAUAUAAUACUUCGUU